CUCCCCACACACGGCGACUCAAUCAGAAUCAAGAUCGCUCCACACCACCAUGGAGACCGUGUUGCCCCAACACCAAGGCAACGGCAUCGGGGACAACGCUAUGACCGACCUGGAGAUGGGUCAACCCACCAUGGAGAUCGAUCAAUCCACCAUAAUCAACAUACUGCACUCCAUGCUACCCUCUGCUUCGCCACCGGCGGUACCACAGCUGGGGCGCGCGCUGUGGGGGCUGAGCUCCCUCACCCUUGUCCUGGCCCUCACCACCGUGCUCCACCUGCCGGCCGCCGGACCUGUCUUCGCCCACUACAAGGCAGCAUACUAUGCCAUCCUUGCCUUUGUUCUCUUUGUCGCAGUGCCGGUGGAGCUCGCCACUGCCUUCUGCCUGCCCGGCCACAGCCGUGAUGGCCGUCUCUGCGUCUUUGCCUGGUACCUCCUUCCCUGCGCUUACGUGCUCCUCCUCCUUGUCAUCUCGGAAUGCUGUUCUUGGAAGUUAGUCUUGUAGCAUUUCUACUUCAAGGAAAUGAAGCCAGCGGUUAUGAUGUCCUUGGCAUUAAUUUGUUAUCUCUGCAGCUCAAGAAUCAGUUUUAGGCCACUCCAAGGAAAAAUAGUGGUCACUGAGGAUGACGUGUAAGGAGGAAUAAAUUUGUUUGUCCGGCAAGACACUGAAUGGUACCCAAAUUGCAGGGGUCGCCUUUUGUCACUAAACAGCACAUGUUACAUUCUAAGUGAACUGCAUUCCUCUAUCAAGUUACAGGGUAUGCGUGCGCUUUACAUUUUGUUGAACUGCUGAUACUUCAUCAAGAAAAAUGCAAAUCCACUGAGUGCUAAACUGCGGAAGAAAAAGUGUUCUCAGUCUGCGGCAUAAGGAUGUCAAUGAUCUUUUUGGUAAUUGUAGACUUGCGGUGACAUUGUAUGAUUUAUUCUGAUUUUUUUAUAUUAUACAAGAGUAAGUAUGUUGGACACCUGCUGCUAGUUGUUCCUAAAGUUAGAACAGUGGCACCCUGUUGUUACAUCUGAUGAUACAUUCUGAAUUGUCAUUUUUUUUAUUGAGAAUGAUUCUGAAUUGGCAUUAGCAGUUGUCCUCUAAUUACACAAACGAUAUAUUCUAAUUUGCCGGUGUCCUCAUCUGCAGGUGUCUCAUGGAGUACGGAGAGCAAGGAGCGCUCUGCAUUCUUUUUUCAGAAUAUUGUGCUCUGCAUUCUUUCUUACGGCACAAUUUCCAUGUGGUCUGCAUUGACGUUUUGCUGAAGCAGCGCUCAACGUGUCUGAUCGGUUUCCCAUGGUGCGGCUUCUCCCACAGCACUGUGCAGAUCCUGUGGUCGCUGGAUGAGAUGCUCGUCAACGAGGCGCUCCACCAGGGGCUCAAGAUGUACUCCAGCUGGCCCGCCUUCCUGAAGUUGUACAUUGACAGUGAGUUCUUUGGCGGGCAGUUGCGACGUGCGACAUCACUAUCGGUAUGUAUAUAUGUUCUCUGCCUUUCCUUCUCCAAAUAUUACGGUUGAAUGUUUAAGCAUUUUUGCUAUCCUACAUGCAGUGUGAAUUGUUUUGUGAGAGAUCAGUUCUGUCUAGCAUCAGGUAUAGCAAUAUAUUCAUUAAUCUGGCACGUUCUGAAUUUCUGAGGGCAAUGGAACAUGUAGCUGUUACAGGCAUAAGAUUUUAUCAGGUUGAAGGCAUGAUACAUUGGUGUUGCUUGUGGCUUAACAGGUACUCCCUCCGUUCGGAAUUACU